AUGCCUCUCUCUGAUUGGUUCAAACAAUCCCACGCCGCCUCAUGCGAAGAAACCCACACGGACUCGAUACCUAUCGAUUCGACUGCUACCAAUAAAUUCGAGCACCAAGGCAACUCCAACUCUUCUACAUUACAUAUCCAAGCACAAGAAUCUUCACAUUCUUCUCCAGAUUCACACAAUACUGCUUCAUUCCCUCCGACUCCAGAGGAUUGCGAUUAUAACUAUAAUUUGAAAUCUAACAUGACGACAACCUCUUCACCCAUAAAUAUUGCCACGCCCACCAGAAAUACAUCGUCAUCUCCGUCAUCCCAAGGCAACAAAAAUAAUUCCAAUUAUCUCGACCCGGAUUCACAAACCUCCGCCAGAAUCAUGACGACCGGCACAGGAUUCGACGAUAACAUGGGUCGAUCCAGACAAGAAUCGUUUGCUGCUGCAAAACCCAUAUCUAUGCACAAUCCUAAUAGAAUUAAUGAUCGUCCUCGUCGCGAAAGUUUGGCAGGUAGCCUCGUUGGAGGUAUGAGCUGGGGAGGCGUAUCUGUUGGAAGUUGGAUUCGAGAUGAUAUUAUCAUGGCCGGCACCUCCCCAUUUCCAUAUCAAUCACCUUCAUAUCAUUCUUCUUCAUAUCUUCCCAAGCUCGAAGCCAACUUUAUGAAAGAUUUCAGCUGUUGUGGCAAUACAUUACCAACACUACAUGACCUUUUGCAACAUUACGAAGAGUGUCAUGCGCAACAGACCCCAGCAUCCCUUCGCAAUAAUUCAUCCAUUGUACGAGCUCGGGAAAACUCAACACCCAACGGUAGAGCAGGUAUUGCAGCACAACACACAUCCGCCGCACAACAUCAUACUCAGCAGCAACAAACCCAGCCAUCACAACAGCCUCGGCUUUCGGGCUUACAGAUGCCACAAGCCGGAGCCAGUGUAGGAGGUAUUCAAUUGAUGCGACAACAGCAACGCUCACAACCAGCUACUCCUGUACAAAAAACUAAUCAAGGUGCUACUGAUGAGAUGGACGGAGUUGAAGAUAUGGAAAUGGACGAUGCUAUCGGACCUAUGGAUUCCACCCCGGAUACACCGGUUCAAUCUUCACAUAAUCAUCAGCCUGUGCAAGCAGCACAACAGUCUAUGUUCGGCCAACAACCAAGACCCACCGUUAAUCUUAACUCCACCAUGCAACACUCUGGUCUCCGAGCAUCCCAACCACCGACUCCCGCAACUUCCUCUUUUGGAUUCCAAAAUAACCCAACCGUUUCUUCUGUUAAUACCCCUACUUUGACAGCACAACCCAUGCAGCAAUCACAGACAUUUUCACCAGAUACCUCGGCUCCCGGUACCCCAUCGGAAAUGGAUGGAGACUUUACAAGCAUGCCUAUGAAUAUGAAUAUGGGGAAUAGAAAUAUGAAUAUGAAUAAUAUGAAUUUCCCUUUCAAUUUCGGCGGACAUGAUUUAGGCUUGGACCUUUGUAUCGAUGAACCCGCCAAGCGUCUCUAUAGUCCUAAUGGUGGUGGUUUCAACAACCAAAGAGCCCUUCAACAACAAUUUGCUCAAUUUGGGCUAGGACAAGGACAAUUUACAAACAACUCUGAUUUGAUGAGAGCAUACCAACAACAACAAUUGAUGGCAAGCAUGAACGGAAUGGGAGAUCCUACAGGAAUGAUGAUGGGAGAAGAGCACAAACCAUUCAGAUGCCCCGUCAUCGGAUGUGAAAAGGCCUACAAGAAUCAAAAUGGUCUCAAGUAUCACAAGACGCACGGUCAUCAAACCCAACAGUUGCACGAAAACGGUGACGGUACAUUCUCGAUUGUCAACCCAGAAACUUCUAUUCCUUAUUCAGGCAAUGAAGGUAUGGAAAGAGAGAAGCCUUAUAAGUGUGAUUAUUGUGGCAAGAGAUAUAAGAACUUGAAUGGUCUCAAAUAUCACAAACAACAUUCCACUCCGUGCGACCCCGAGCUCAAAUUAAACAACCACUUGGCUGCUGCUGGAUUGGCAGGUCUCGGAGUCCCCAUGGGAGGUUUACCAGGUAUUGGUGAAGAAGGCAUGAUGUGA